AUGUCUCAACCAGCGACGAAAGAGCGUCACAGUUAUUGCUCAGAACACGAGUGUCAAUCUUUAGAAAGUCAAGCAAAAACGAGCAAAGCAAAGCGGUUCAAACUCUCCAAUUAUAAACCUUCUUCAGAUGAAGAUUUAAGAAGUCUCCCAGACGCCCAUACAUACCCAUACCCAUAUAACAAUCUCUCCCCUCCCAUAACCACCAACUUCCCACCGGUAUCUGCAACAAUGCCUCUCCAAAUCCAACCUAUUACUCCCCGUCGAGGAGAUAUCGACCAAAUUCAACCUAUCGUUCUCACUCCUGGGCAACGCGCAGUCCACGGAGGUCCAACUCCCGAAUUGAACCGUUUCCCACGCCACGUCUUCCCGCAGCUCAGGUCGCUCACCAAGCAGCGUUCCCGGAAGCUUCCUCUGGGCCUAGAGCCUCUCCCAAAAGAUUACGAGUAUGUCGUUCGUCCGGAGCGAUCCUUUGGAAACAACCAUCUCCGCCAUGGUCCCACUCCUCGCCUCCCACCGUCCCCAUGGGGUGGCCCAAAGAAAGAAUACCCGACGGCCUAUUACGUUAGGCAAAUGGAGAUGGCCCGGCCCACGGUCGGGCCUGACCCAUUUUACAAGGAGCCGCUGCCGCCAAAGGUAGCACCAUUCCAGGUGUUCGUGAUGUGUAUCUGGGGGUGUUUGGCCCAGUGGUUGAACACUGCGGCGGUGAUGGGGGUGCUGUCAAGGGGGAGGAGGUUGUCAGAGGGUGUGGCGGCGGUCCUGUUGUCAUGGGGCAAGGCCCUGUUGAAAGUUGUUCUGUUGUUUUUUUGGUUGGUGGUGGUAUUUCCUGCCAAAGUGGCAACGAGAGUGCUCAAAGCCUAUAGUUUUGAGGUGGAGUUUCUAUUUUUGGCAAUUAUGGUUGCGAGUUGGUUCUCCGGCCGGGCUGGCCCGGCUGGAGGGGAGGGGGAGAUGGAGAUAGGCGGGGACAAACCGCUGUAUAUUUUGCGGGUUCCGAGUGGGGGAGGGGGGUCAAGUGGCUGCCGGGUCUACCGGUGCGCUUGA